AUGUCAAGCUCCUUCGAGAAAUCGGUCAAGGGGGCCACCAAGAUCAAGGCCGCGCCACCCAAGACCAAAUACAUCGAACACAUCCUCGUAGCGACACAUGCCGGCGAGGCUGGCGUUGGGGAGGUCUUUCGCGCCCUGCAGUUCCGUUUGCGAGACUCGACAUGGACCGUCGUCUUCAAGAGCUUAAUCACCGUUCACCUGAUGAUCCGUGAAGGCUCACCCGAUGUCACACUGUCAUUCCUCGCGAGGCACCCCAACACGCUUGCUAUCAGCAGCUUUACGGACGCCCAGACACAGGGUCGGAACAUUCGGCAUUACGCCAGCUACCUGAGCUCCCGAGCAAAGGCGUUUCGCGAAACGAAAUGCGACUGGGUCCGGACCAAAGAAUCGAGGUUGGAGAAGCUUACGGUCGAAAAAGGCCUGCUGAGGGAGACGGAAAUCCUCCAAACCCAAAUCACAGCCCUGCUGAAAUGCGAUGUACUCGAAGGCGAAAUCGAGAACGAAAUCACAGUCACCGUAUUCAGACUACUGGUGCUUGACCUUUUGGCUCUCUUCCAGGCUCUGAACCAGGGAAUGAUUAACAUCCUAGGCAACUUCUUCGAAAUGUCAAAGGUCGACGCCGAGCGAGCCAUGGCCAUCUACCGCAACUUCACCAAGCAGACGGAUUUCGUAGUGCAAUACCUGAGCGUCGCACGGCAAUUUGAGCACCAGACCCGCGUCGAAGUUCCUAAGCUGAAGCACGCGCCCGUCAAUUUGGGUCGACAACUCGAGGAGUACCUGCACGACCCCGACUUUGAGGUCAACAGAAGGCAGUACAUCGCUGAGCAGCAGGCCAAGAAGAAGGGAGGAGGUGCGAUCAUGAAGUCAGCGGGUGCUGUGUUCGAUUCCAAACCCGCGCCAGCAGCGAACAACCCGUUCCCGAGCACCAACGGAUUUUCACAGCCAAAGACUGAGACUGCCAAGGGACCUGCGCCGGAUCUUAUUGAUUUCUUCGAAUCGAUUGAACAGAACCAAACGACGAUGGCGCCGAACCAGCAGCAACAUCAGCAACAGCAGCAGAUGCCUAUGCAGACUGGCUUUGCCCCCAAUGGCCAAUUCCAACCGCAACCUACAGGCUUCCAGCAGAAUGGGUUUGGAGCGCAGCAGCCGCAGAACGGAUUCGCACCUCAGCCGACAGGAUUUGGGACCAAUCCGUACCAGCAGCAACCGCAGCAGCAGCAACAACAGAGCACAAACCCCUUCGGCCAGCCUCAACAGCAGCCCCAGCAGCAAGCACCACAACCAUUGCAACCCACCUUUACUGGGGCUGGAUUCGGCGGCUUCACCCCUCAACCGCAACAGCCUUUCCAGCCCGGUACUCUUGGUGCCAUACCGCAGGACUCCGUGGCUAGCUUCCCUACUGGUGCGACCGGCAUGCUUAGUCCCAACUCGGCUCAGCAGAUGACGAAUCCAUUCCGGGCGUCUAUGUUGAUGGCCCAGCAAACGGGCAUGUCUACUAAUACCGGGUUCUCGAGCCCAGCCAGCCCUCAGCCCAAUCUCAACAGGCAAUCUACCAACCCUUUUGCGAGAUCUUCGCCUCAAGCGCAACAACCAUUCCCGACCGCGCCUGCGCCUAAUAACUCUCCGUUUGGCUCUCAGCCGAGCCAGUCGACGACGCAACUCCCGACCAUUGCACCUUUGCAGCCGAUGAUGACUGGCACCAACCCGUUCGCCAAGAACUUCACCGGGCAGCAAAUGCAGCAGCAAAGGCCCGCUACCAGCUCUGGUGCGCUCGUUCCACAACCAACAGGGACCACGAACCCUUUCCGCCAGGGUGCCUUUGUGAACCACCAGACAGGCAUGGGCUGGCAGCACAACCAGCAGGCCAUGGGCGGAGGGCUGGAUUCUCUGGAUACUGUGCCCGUUUUCCCGCGACCUAUUCAGCAAAGUCCCUGGCAGACAUAA